ACCUUUUGUCUUAGCAUGCCUAUCCUAGCUAGGCUACAUUCAUUAUGUACUACUGUAUUCUUUAACAAAACUUCCAUCUGUCCUCUUGAAGUCUUCACAUCCAAGAGAAAACAUGGCAACCCAAAUCUAUGGUAGGCCAUUGAAGAACAUGGCAGCCCCCAUGGACUUUGUUGAAGAAGACAAUGAGUUUGAGGAAGAGGAUGAGGAGGAAGAUGAAACUGUAUUAAUUGGAAAGAAUAGUUACUUGAAGAGAAAAAAGUUGAAUCUUGAUAAGAAAAAGGGGGAAAAGAGUGAUAGCAUGCAAGUGAAGCAAUAUUGUCAAGUGGAGAAAUGUGGGGUUGAUUUGGAUGGUGCUAAAAAGUACUAUAAAAGGCACAAAGUUUGUCAACUCCAUGCUAAGGCUCCAAUUGUUCUGCUUGCUGGUUUAAGACAGAGGUUUUGCCAACAAUGCAGCAGGUUCCAUGAGAUCUCAGAAUUUGAUGGCACUAAAAGGAGUUGUCGACAACGUUUAGCUGGACACAACCAGCGGCGUCGCAAAAUACCGGUGGCUGUUAAGCUGGAAGAUGACCAAUGCAGGCAGAUUAAUGGGGAAACCAGGCCAUAUAUGGACAUGAGUACAUGACUUUGUCCAGCAGGAAAAACUCUUUCAGAAACUAUGACAUCUACACUGAUGUCUCCAGAUGAAUAUGCUUACUCUCUUCUGUCAGCCCCGCGCCGCGGGGCGUCUUUGUUGUCCCUUUACGUUGUUAAUUUAUAGUCUAAGACCUAACUUUAGAUGUUUGUUCAGUAUAUUGCUACAACUGCAUGUCACCUGAGCUCCUAGGUUUGAGUUCUCAGUAUGGUUAAAUUCCAGAAAUGUAUGGCACAAUAUUAAGGGAUCACCCUGGCUUGUGAUGAACUUUCUUGCAUGCAUUUUUCAUACAAAAUUCUACCGUCAUUUUUUGUACUUCUAUCACUUCUUUUCUAUAGACUUCUUGGCUUGAGCGAAGAUCUAGCAAAAACCUCUCUAUUUAAGUUAAGGGUAAGAACUACGUACGUACAUUCUCUACUACCCAGACCCCCACUCCGUUCUGAGAUAACGAUGAGAUCUACGUAUAUUUUACCCUCUCCACACCUCACUUUGUGAAACUAUAGUAGGUAUAUUGUUGUUGUUCGUAUUUUGCCAUACAAAUAGUCUCUGUCGCUCAGACUCUUCAAAUCGACUAACACGUGCCAAAUGUAAUGCAUAUUUAAAGGAUCCAACACGAAUGCGACUAU